AUGCCCUGCGACAUCGAGGACCACGCCGGCCACCACAACUGGCCGGAGCAGGGCGACCUGCGCAUCUGGCCGUGUGAGCGCGCCUGCGACUACUGCACCUACCAGGCCCGUGACUCGUCUGCUCUGCGCGCCCACGUCCGCGACGUCCACCAGCCGGGCGACUUCCCGCUCAUCACCAUCCUGCCCGGCCUGAACCGGCCUCCGGUCUUCAACCCUUCGCUCCACAGGACUCCGCCCCGCCCCGCCCGCUCGGUCAGCGCCAGCAACGGCACCCAGCCCGUGCUCAGCUCCCGCGACAUUGACGACGUGGUCCAGCAGGCCCAGGACGACGCCGAGGAGCCGCCCCUGGACGAGGCGGCCGAGCAGAAGCUCGCCGAAGACCCGGACGACUACGACUACCAGGACGGGCCCAGCUCGUCGUCGGCCCGCGGCCGCAAGAUCCACGUCACUCCCAAGGCCGCCGCCGCUGCCGAGGAGGCCAACGCCCGCAAGCGCAAGCGCGGCAACCAGCGCAUCCCGGGCGAGAUCUUCCCCGCCCGCCUGCCCAGGUCCGCUCACAAGCCCUCCCCGUACGGCCCGCCGCGCGCCAUGCCCGACUCGAUCCGCGCCAACCGUGGCGGCCUGCGUCCGCGCAACACGUCGCCCGACGACGACGAGGACCUCGUCUCGUGGUUCAAGAGCAACAUCAACGGCAUGUUCUACCUCGGCCACGCUGCCGGCCUCACCCGUCGUGAGAUCGCCGUUGCCUGUCAGGAAGUCGUCAACCACUGGACCUUCAUCGAGAUUGAGGAGUGA